GUUUCCGGAAGCGCGCGGCGGCGGCGGCGCCGGGCCGGGCUGGUGCGGGCGCAGGGAUGGAGGUGAUCAGGAGCAAUUUUAAGGAUAAUCUCAGUAAAGUAUACGAAGCCAUUGAGGAAGCGGACUUCCUGGCCAUCGAUGGGGAGUUUUCAGGGAUCAGUGAUGGGCCUUCAGUUAGUGCAUUAACCAAUGGCUUUGACACACCAGAAGAAAGGUAUCAGAAACUUAAAAAGCAUUCCAUGGAUUUUUUGCUCUUUCAGUUUGGCCUUUGCACUUUUAAAUAUGACCAUGCAGAAGAAAAGUAUAUAAUGAAGUCAUUUAAUUUCUAUAUUUUUCCAAAACCCUUUAACAGAAGUUCGCCAGAUGUCAAGUUUGUCUGUCAGAGUUCAAGUAUAGACUUUUUAGCAAACCAAGGAUUUGAUUUUAAUAAAGUUUUUCGCAAUGGAAUUCCAUAUUUAAAUCAGGAAGAAGAAAGACAGCUAAGGGAGCAGUAUGAUGAAAAACGUUCUCAGGCCAAUGGUGCAGGAUCUCUGUCAUACAUUUCUCCUAAUGCCACAAAAUGUCCUGUGACAAUUCCUGAGGAUCAGAAAAAGUUCAUAGAUAAAGUAGUGGAACAAUUGGAAGACUUCUUAAAGAAUGAAGAAAAUGAAACUUUGGAACUGGAACCAUGUACGGGAUUUCAGAGGAAAUUAAUUUAUCAGACCUUGAGCUGGAAAUAUCCAAAAGGUAUCCAUGUUGAAACUCUGGAAUCAGAUAAGAAAGAGAGAUAUAUUGUCAUUAGUAAGGUAAACGAAGAAGAACGAAAAAGAAGAGAACAGCAAAAACAAGCAAAAGAACAGGAAGAACUGAAUGAUGCAGUAGGAUUUUCCAGAGUUGUUCAUGCCAUUGCUAAUUCUGGCAAACUUGUUAUUGGACACAAUAUGCUGCUGGAUGUUAUGCAUACUAUACACCAGUUCUACUGUCCCCUACCUGAUGACCUAACUGAGUUCAAAGAAGUGACAUCAUGCGUAUUUCCCAGGCUAUUGGAUACUAAACUGAUGGCAAGUACACAACCCUUUAAGGAGAUCAUUAAUAACACAUCCCUUGCAGAACUGGAAAAACGUUUAAAAGAGGUUCCAUUUAGCCCUCCUAAAGUUGAAAGUGCAGAAGGGUUUCCAAGUUACGAUACAGCUUCUGAACAACUUCAUGAAGCAGGUUAUGAUGCUUACAUUACUGGACUGUGCUUCAUCUCCAUGGCUAAUUUUCUAGGCUCAUUCCUCAGUCCUCCGAAAAAUCAUGUGUCUGCUAGAUCAAAACUCAUUGAACCUUUUUUUAACAAGCUGUUUCUUAUGAGAGUAAUGGACAUACCGUAUCUCAAUUUGGAAGGACCAGACUUGCAGCCAAAGCGGGAUCAUGUGCUUCAUGUUACGUUUCCCAAAGAGUGGAAGACUAGUGACCUUUAUCAGCUUUUUAGUGCCUUUGGAAACAUUCAGGUUUCAUGGAUUGAUGACACAUCAGCAUUUGUAUCGCUAAGUCAGCCAGAACAAGUUCAGAUAGCUGUAAACACCAGCAGGUAUGCUGAAAGUUAUAGGAUCCAGACAUACGCAGAAUAUGUUGAGAAAAAACAUGAAGAAAAACAGGCAAAGAGAAAAUGUACAGAAGAUAGUUGGAAGGAGAUGGAGAGAAAGCGAUUAAAAACUCAGUGCUCACCUUAUGUUUCCCAGAGUCGAUACUACUGUGUUAACAGUUUUACAGGUACCAGUACAUUGGGAAAGAGAAGCAUGAGUCCUAUUCAGGAAGAAACUGGUUCUGAUGAUAUGGAAGAGGGAGACAUCCAAGAUCUAGAAUGUGAUGAAACAGACUCCUGUGCAGAGUCUCUUCCAGAUGGUAAGAAGAGAGCCAAGAAGUUCAAAAAGAUCAAGAAAGAACAAGUUCCAGCAGGAAGCCUCACAAGUAGUUCCGCUGAAAUUUUCGAAGUCCCUGAAACAUGGUAGGAAACAACGGCCUUAACAAGUGGAAUUGAUUCAAAGCAUUUGCAAGAACACACCUCUUGGAAGCCAUACAUUAUUUAAAUAAAGUGGUGUUAACAAA